UCGAGCGCCAGGGACAACAAGAGCCUCUCCGCCCAGGACCCACGGGAAAAAAAAAACAUUAGACCGUCCGUGUCAACACACCCUCGGCGGACCCAAAGAGGAUUUCUGCUUUUUGCGUAUAUGUGGAGAUUACAAGCUUGCCACCAUGACGGCUGAGGAGAUCAUAAAUGUAAAGGAAGUGGAGAUCAUUAAGGUGAUCCUGGACUUCCUGAACUCACGGAAGCUGCAUAUUAGCAUGCUUGCUCUGGAGAAAGAGAGCGGAGUCAUCAACGGCCUAUAUUCAGAUGACAUGCUCUUCCUCAGACAGCUCAUUUUGGAUGGACAGUGGGAUGAAGUAUUGCAGUUUAUUCAACCUCUUGAAUGUCUGGAUAAAUUUGACAGGAAAAGGUUCCGGUACAUUGUUCAGAAACAGAAGUUUCUAGAAGCUUUGUGUGUGAACAAUGCCAUGUCUGCUGAAGAUGAGCCACAGCAUUUGGAGCUGACCAUGCAGGAAGCUGUGAAGUGUCUCCAUGCUGUGGAGGAGUUUUGUCCGUCUAAAGAGGACUACAGUAAGCUUUGUCUGCUCCUGACCCUUCCCCGCCUCACCAACCACGCCGAGUUCAAGGACUGGAACCCCAGUACGGCACGCGUGCAGUGCUUCGAGGAGGCCUGCGGCAUGGUGGCAGAGUUUAUUCCGGCUGACCGUAAGCUUAGCGAGGCGGGGUUCCGCGCCAGCUCCAACCGUCUAUUCCAGCUGCUGAUCAAAGGCGUUCUUUACGAGUGCUGCGUGGAGUUUUGUCAGAGCAAAGCCACAGGAGAAGAGAUCACUGAGAGUGAGGUUCUUCUGGGCAUAGACAUGUUGUGCGGGAACGGCUGUGAUGAUCUGGACCUCAGUUUGCUCUCUUGGCUCCAGAACCUGUCACCCAAUGUCUUCUCCUGCGCGUUUGAGCAGAAGAUGCUCAGUAUCCAUGUAGAUCGUCUUGUUAAACCUGCUAAGGCUGCGUACGGCGACCUCCUUACUCCACUUAUCAGUAAACUCUCUCCAUACCCUGCCUCGCCUCUGCGACGGCCACAGUCCGCAGACACCUACAUGUCUCGCUCUCUGAACCCAGCAUUAGAUGGUCUUUCCUAUGGCCUCUCUGGGCAGGAGAAGAGAGGUGCAGGACCAGAUAGAGGAAAAACUUCACCCAUGUCACAAUCGUUUGCUAACUUUCAGCACCUGAACCGCAGUGUGAUGAUGGAGAACUCAGGAUGUCACAGCAUCUUUGAGGAGUCACCUGAGAGCUCCAGAACUGAAACUCCAUCUGAUAAAAUGAUGAGCUCACCUGGUCCUCAGAACUCUCGACCAGUCUCUGCCCCGGGUCAGGAUGCCCCUGUACCCGGUCCUGCAGAAAAGAAUGAGCUGCGUGACUCUACUGAGCAGUUUCAAGAAUUUUACCGCCAGCGUUUGCGUGUGCAGCAGCACCUGGAACAGAAGCAGCAGCAGCGGGAACUCUACCAGCAGAUGCUGCAAGAGGGCGGAGUCCAGCAGCAAGAGGCCCUGCCCACCGCCAAGCACAAUCUCACAGAGACCUUCCUUUCCAGGUCUAUUCAAAGACUGGAGGAGCUCAACGUGGGAAUGGAUGAUUUGGGAGAAGAGGUGCAGGCUCUCUCUCAGCAGUGUAAUGGAGGCGGUAAUAACAUCAAUGUGUUGAGAGACACUUCAGCCAUGCCACAGACACAGGAGGGAGGUAAAGAAGCCAGUGAUGUGGUCACCAGCACUCCUCAGAGGUCAGCAGGCCAAGCAGCCUGCCUUCCGCCCAUCCAGUCCCCUGUGCUGCCCCAGAGCGCUCCGAAAGACAAGAGUGGACAGAAUGAUGACAGUUUGACCCGCUCUAAAGGCCCAGAGAAAGAGAAGUCUAAAGCAAAGUUUGUGAUGGUGAACACCCUGGAGGAUACACAGGCGGUGCGUGCCGUGGCCUUCCACCCCACAGGGUCAUUAUACGCGGUCGGCUCCAACUCUAAGACACUCCGUGUGUGUGCUUACCCUGACACACUGGACAUGAGUGGCUCGGGUGGAAGUAAGCCUCCUGUGAUUCGCUUCAAGAGGAACAAGCACCACAAAGGCUCCAUAUAUUGCGUGGCCUGGAGUCCCUGCGGUCAGUUACUUGCCACCGGCUCCAAUGACAAAUACGUCAAAGUGCUGCCCUUCAACCCAGAAACCUGCAAUGCCACAGGUCCUGAUCUGGAGUUUAGUAUGCAUGAUGGGACCAUCAGAGAUUUGGCGUUUAUGGAGGGUCCUGAGAGCGGAGGAGCCAUUUUAAUCAGUGCAGGAGCUGGAGACUGUAACAUCUACACAACUGACUGCCAGCGAGGACAGGGCUUGCACGCGCUGAGCGGACACACGGGUCAUAUCCUGUCUUUGUACACGUGGGGGGGUUGGAUGAUAGCAUCUGGCUCUCAGGACAAGACGGUGCGUUUCUGGGACCUGCGGGUGCCCAGCUGUGUGAGAGUGGUGGGGACAGCCUUCCAUGGCUCAGGCAGCCCCGUGGCAUCAGUGGCAGUGGACCCAAGUGGGCGUCUGUUGGCAGCAGGACAGGAGGACAGCUCCUGCAUGCUGUAUGACAUCAGAGGCGGACGCAUGGUUCAGACAUACCGACCACACUCCAGCGAUGUCCGAUCGGUGCGUUUCUCUCCUGGGGCCCAUUACUUGCUCACAGGAUCUUACGACAACAAGGUCAUCAUCACUGACCUACAAGGGGACCUUACGAAGCAGCUGCCGUUGACAGUAGUGGGAGAGCAUGCUGAUAAGGUGAUCCAGUGCAGGUGGCACACACACCACCUCUCCUUUCUGUCCUCCUCUGCUGACCGCACGGUCACACUCUGGACGCAGGCCACAUAGAACCAGCUCCAACCACUAGAGGAGGACAACACACUCACAUACACUGCAAAGAGUCUGAAGGAAUGGAUAUGUAAAACUUUACAUAUAUGUUUGUGGCACAGUGUAAACAAAGGUGUGUGUCUGUGUGUAUGUAUUUAUUUUGUGUUCUUAGACCCCUAGUUCCAUAUCACAAUGUAUGGCUGAGAUCUUUAAUGUAAACCCUAUUAAUGUACAUAUUAUCGGAUGUGACUGCCAGUGCCACGUGUGUGUGUGUGUGUGUGUGUGUGUGUGUGUGUGUGUGUGUGUGUGCGCACGUGCGUGUAUGUCUGAUAUUUGUAAUGGCACUGAGCCAUAUUGGGAUCUUGUGCUUUAGUGUGCUUGGCUAUAUGCAUUAUUCCAUUAUAGGAAUAUUUUACCCAAAAAAGAAAAUUCUCUUAUCAUUUAUUCACCCUCAUGCCAUUCCAGAUGUGUAUGUCUUUCUUUUUUCAGCAGAACACAAGCAAAGAUUUUUGAAGAAUAUCUCUACUCUCUACAAAUACAAUGCAAGUAAAUA